GAGGAGAAGCAAAUAUCGUCGAGCAGCAAUCAGGUUAUUGUCGCCACUCCUGGCCGCGCUCUUAACAUGCUGACAAGACGAGCGCUUUGUCCAGAUAACAUCAGAAUGUUCGUCUUGGAUGAAGCUGAUGAAAUACUCGCAGGAGGUUUGAAGAACCAGAUCUACGAUAUUAUCCAGCUUCUCCCAGCCAAAAUCCUGUUUGCUGUAUUCUCUACCGCCAUGUCCAAUGAAGCUCUUGAACUUUGCCGGAAGUGCAUGAAUAAGCCUAUGAAGGUCAUAGUGCCGAAAGAUGAAGAACUUGAGGGUUUUAGUGUUAAGCAGUUCUAUGUUAAAGCUGAGAAUGAAGAAUCGAAGUUUCAAAAAUUAUGUGAUCUUUUGGACACCAUGGCCGUCACGCAAAACAUCAUCUUUGUCAACGCACGUCGGAAGGUCAAGCCACUGACCGAAAAGAUCAGAGGCAGGGGGUACACUGUCUCGGCAAGCCAUGGUGGUAUGGACCAGCACUCCAGAGAUGCUGCCGUCCAGGAUCUCCAGUCGGGAUCAUCCCGUGUCCUCGUCACCACCGACCUUCAUGGCGCUGAUGCAUUGCAGGUCCCUGUUGUCAUCAACUAUGAUCUGCCAGCACAACCAGUACAAUACCUUCGUAAUGUUCGACGAAGUGGACAUCCUGGAGGGAUUGGUGUAGCUAUCAGCUUUGCUGCUCGUGCUGAUGAGCGUGUUCUGUCUGGCAUCCAAAGGUUCUGCAAUACUCAGAUGGCGGAGUUACCCUCCAACGUCGCUGACCUCUUGUGAGCAAUUGUGUAGUUGGAUAUGGUGCACAGAUGGCUAUCUAGACUUCUUUUUUCUAUCGUUGGCCUGGAGAGCUGCGCAACAGCUGCAUUUUGUUGAAUUGUGGGAAUCGUCUUGUGGGAUUGAAACUUGUUGAGUUC